CAAAUUCAUUCCCUGAAGGAAGCAAGUGAGCGAGAGCGAGAAGGAGCGAGCGAUUGAUCGAUAGAGAGAGAGAGAGAGGGAUAAUUUAGGGGUUUUUUGAUCAUUUGGAGAAGAUGCAGCUCGGUGAUGUGGAUGUUUCCUCUCUCGACCUCAUGGCCGAUAUUCUGAAGGCUAAGCUCGAUGCGUCGGAGCUGCUCCAGUGGGCUUCGAAGUUGUACGAGAACCCUAGGUUUCUGGAGGUGGCCGUUCUAGUGGGAUGCCUCGCGGCGUUCCUUCUUUUCUGGCAGAGAUCAGGCGACAAAGAGCCGGCCCGGGUAGUGGCGCCGCCGGCUCCAGCGCCUAAGCGGGCCAAGAAGAUCGCGAGGGAUGCGGAAUCUGUCGAUUUGGGGAAAAAGAAGGUGACAUUGUUCUUUGGCUCGCAGACCGGAACCGCCGAGAGGUUCGCCAAGACUUUGGCGGAUGAGGCCAAUGCGAGGUACAAGAAGUCCGUCUUCAAAGUUGUUGACUUGGAUGAUUACGCGUAUGAGAAUCAUGAGUACGAAGAAAAGUUGAAGAAAGAGUCUCUCGCCCUGUUCUUCUUGGCGACAUACGGAGACGGCGAACCAACUGAUAACGCCGCGAGGUUUUAUAAAUGGUUUUUUGAGGCGAAGGAGAGGAACGUUUACUUGGAUAACCUCCAGUAUGGUGUUUUUGGCCUGGGGAGCCGACAAUAUGAACACUUUAACAAGAUUGGUAUAGAGGUAGAUAGAAUUCUCGCUGAGCAAGGUGCAAAACGUAUACUUCCUUUGGGGCUUGGUGAUGAUGAACAAUACAUUGAGGAUGACUUUACCGCAUGGAAAGAUCUCGUGUGGCUAGAGCUAGACAAGCUACUUUGUGAUGAGGAUGAUGUAGCAGGAUUAUCUGCUGAGUAUGUUGCCAGCAUACCUGAAUACCGUGUUGUUUUCCUAAACCAUGGAGACGAAUCCCAGAUGCAGAGGAAACCGAGCCUUGCCAAUGGCCAUUCUGUUUACGACCUCCGAAAUCCUUGCAGGGUCAAUGUGGCUGUUAGGAGAGAGCUUCAUACCCCAUUAUCUGAUCGUUCUUGCACUCAUCUGGAGUUCGACAUCUCUGGAACUAGUCUCAAAUAUGAGACUGGAGAUCAUGUUGGCGUGUAUUCAGAGAAUACCUCUGAGACUGUGGAGGAGGCUGCAAGGCUCUUAGGAUAUCCAGAAGAUACAUACUUCACCCUACAUGCGGAAAAAGACGGAACACCACUUAGCAGUAGCUCUAUUCCACCUCCAUUUGAAACGCCUAUUACUUUGAGAGAUGCACUUGCUAAAUAUGCUGACCUUUUGAGUUCUCCUAAAAAGGCUGUUUUAAUUGCUCUAGCUGCUCAUGCUUCGGAACCAACUGAAGCCGAAAGGCUCAAAUUCCUGGCUUCGACAGAUGGAAAGGAUGAAUAUAAUCAAUGGGUUGUGGCAAGUCAAAGGAGUCUUCUGGAAGUCAUGGCUGAAUUCCCUUCAGCCAAGCCUCCUCUAGGUGUUUUCUUUGCAGCUAUAGCUCCUCGCUUACAGGCCCGUUACUAUUCGAUAUCAUCUUCUUCAAGGGUUUCACCUUCUCGAAUUCAUGUCACAUGUGCAUUAGUGCAUGGACCAACAUCAACAGGAAGAAUUCACAGAGGAGUUUGUUCGACUUGGAUGAAGAACUCAAUUCCACAAGGAGAGAAUCAAGAAUGUAGCCAGGCUCCUAUUUUUGUGAGACAAUCAAACUUCAGAUUGCCUUCCGAUACCUCGGUUCCAAUAAUAAUGAUUGGCCCUGGCACAGGCUUAGCACCCUUCAGAGCCUUUUUGCAGGAAAGGCUUGCACUCAAAGAAGCUGGAGCUGAGCUUGGCCCUGCCAUUCUCUUCUUCGGUUGCAGGAACCGAAACAUAGACUACAUCUACGAGGAUGAGUUGGACAACUAUGUAAAGCAAGGGGCUCUUUCUGAGCUCAUCGUGGCUUUCUCUCGCGAAGGUCCGCGCAAGGAAUACGUGCAGAACAAGCUGUCUGAAAAGGCUUUGGAUGUUUGGAACAUCAUCUCUCAAGGUGGAUACGUCUACGUCUGCGGUGAUGCCAAGGGAAUGGCUAAGGACGUGCACAAGGUCAUUCACACCAUUGUUCAAGAGCAGGGAUCAGUUGAAGGCUCCAAGGCUGAGGCUUAUGUGAAGAAUCUGCAAAUGGAAGGGAGGUACCUACGUGAUGUGUGGUAACAGGCUGCUGAGGACGCCUGAGGUUGAGUCAGGGUGCAUUUUUUUUUAUAUAGCAGAGUUGUGGGAAUAAGGCUGGUCGCCUUCUCCUCUAUUAUUUAUUUAUACAGAUAAAAAUGAUUCUUUUGGCAGUGUAACAUCAAUUGUAAGCAACAGCAGUAAAUAAAAAUAUAUUCUUUUUUUAAUAUAAAAUUUAUGUUCCUGAGUCAAUUGUAUAACGACGAUGGUAUAUAUAUACAUAUAUGGCAAAAAUUAUAUCGGUGCUCA